AUGGGCGACCCAAGAGUCGAAGCAGUCCUCGACAAGAUACAUGCAUCAGAAAUGCGAGAUCUUUUGAAGACAUUGUGUAGGCAUGGAAAGUUCGUGGUCAAGGUUUCAAGCGGUGAAAUCGAGAUUGAUGGCCGUAACAUUAUCAUCAAGAAAGAUUUUAACUUCAAGUCAAGCAAUGAUGUAGAAGAGAAGGAUGAAAAGGAAGACACAGAAGGAGGGUUGGGAAACAGUUCGCUGGAUGGAGUUGAUGAGGAUGGAGUUGAUGAGGAUGGAGUUGAUGAGGAUGGAGUGCCAGAUGUUGAAGAUGAGAAAGAAGACACCGAAGAAGGUUCGGAAAGCGACUCAUUGGAAGAAUUUGAUGAGGAUGACGUGCCGGCUUUGUCGAAACAGCAAAUACAGGAACUCAUUUCGUCCAAGAAGAGGAAGCUCCAUAUGUUCAAGUGUGAGCAUUGCAAAGAGGAAUUCGAUAUCGAAAACAAUUGGAAACGUGAUUGUUGGUAUCAUCCAGGAGAGAAAGAUGUGGACGACGAAUCUGAUUUUUGGGAUGACCAUGAUGAGCAAUCCCAUGGAGACCCAUCGCUUCGUGAAGAUGAUCCAGAUUUCGCUGAUGGGUUUAUCUGGGAUUGUUGUGAGGGCUCAGGGAGUGCCACGGGUUGUAAAAAUACGAGGCAUAAAGUGACAGAAGAAGGAAGUGGUAGUAAAAGAGCCAGAUACUGA